AUGGUCUGCGUUUUCUACUCAGGUUCUCUCAAAGUACGCAUCGGUGCUGAAAUACACAUUUUCCAUGGAGUCCCAGUACCGUUGUCCGAUGUGGUUGGGCUUUCCCCGGGAGUCCCUUCCGGAUGGAAUGUGUCUUGGUUAAGCCAUGGACAACCCCGAUGGCUUGGACACCUAAAAUCCCCUCUCAGUUUCGAAGUAGAUUCCCUUCCUUCUCCCAAACUCUCCAGUAUCCCCCCCGCCUUUUCAUGUCUUGCGCACCUCCCAGCAGUUGUUGUGACCAAGACCGCACAAAUGACGAGACCACUUCACUUCUCAGCCACCGAAGCGAUCAACCAAACCACCGCUCGAGAGCAGGGAACCAGCCUUCAAGCGUCCUUCGCCUCCAGUUCAGAACCCAUUACCGGCACUGUGAUCUACCCCUUUGUCAAUCAAUUCGUUAGGGCGACUGGCGUCACCAAUGGAGAUGAGCGCAAAACGGGGUACUAUGCUGGGCUAAUCGAAUCCGUCUUCUUCCUCGCCGAAGCGCUCACUGUGUUCCAGUGGGGUUGGUUGUCAGACCAGCUAGGCCGGAAGCCCGUCCUACUCCUGGGUCCAUUCGGACUGGUAAUCUCUAUGCUGGGCUUCGGCCUUUCAAAAAGCUUCGCGUCGUUGUUGAUCUUCCGGUCGUUGCAGGGUGUCUUUAAUGGAAACAUUGGGGUGUCAAAAAGCGUACUGGCUGAGGCGAGUCUGAUUAUUCCUCAUCCUCUCGUCAGAGAACGCGGACGAAACGAACAUAGGCGAGCUCUUCUCUAUGCUUCCAUUCAUGUGGAGCAUGGGCAUUACUAUCGGACUCUGCCAUCUGCCCCUCUUCGUCAACGAUUAACGUCAAAGUUCGGAAGUAAAGCUCCGCGUAAACACCUCAAAGCUCAGAAUGGUGUUCAUGAAGGUUCGCCACCUCCAGAUUACAGCGCGGUGGAAUCCUCUACACGGACUGAGAUUGCGACCACUCGAAAGUCCACCAGUCUUUCCAGUGGCUCCCAAAGCUCCUACCGGAUUCUGAUGAUCCGACCCUUGCUGAUGACCUAUCUGAACUAUAUCUUCAUCGCGUUCAACGAGAUGGCGCACAACUCCCUCCUUCCUCUGAUGUACUCAUCUUCAAUUCCACUUGGUGGCCUUGGUCUCGACGCCUAUAGGAUAGGAGUCCUCAUGGGCGCCUUUGGCCUCGCCAAUGCUGUGCUUCAACUCAAAUACCUCGGAAAACUGACAAGGGAAUUUGGACCAAAAAAGGUGUAUAUUUUCUCCUAUGGUUCAUUCCUGUGGCGAGUUACCUGGCCAAAAGGAGAGGAAGGGGCAAAUCCCGAUUCUGGCAGGUUACGCUUCGAUGCACAUCUUGGUUGUGAGCAACGCACCCAAGGGGGCGCUAGGUGCUUCAAACGGGAUGGGCCAGUUGAUUGCGUCUAUCAUGCGUUCUGUCGCCCCGACUAUCGCGACCUCUCUCUUCUCGGUUUCCCUUGA